AUGACAACCUCUUCUUCUUUGUCUUCUGCCGUUUCUGCAUCGUUUCAUCCCAAAAGGUAUGAUGUUUUUAUCAGCUUCAGAGGUGAAGACACCCGUAGUGGCUUCACGAGUCACCUACGCGAUGCUCUGAUUCGUAAGCAGAUUCAAACAUAUAUGGAUGAUAGACUCAACAAAGGAGAUGAGAUCUCAGCAGCGCUUUUCAAAGCAAUUGAAGAUUCACACAUUUCCAUCAUCGUUUUCUCAAAAAAUUUUGCUACUUCAAAGUGGUGCUUGGAUGAACUCCUUAAAAUACUCGAAUGUAAGAACAAGGGACAGGAUGUGAUACCUGUGUUCUAUAAAGUUGACCCAUCGAAUGUGCGAAAGCAAAAACGGAGUUUUGAGGAAGCGUUCGCAAAACAUGAGCGUGAAUUCAGCAACAACCAAGUCAAGUUGACCAAGUGGAAACAAGCUCUGUUCGAAGCAGCGAAUAUAGCUGGUUGGGACUCCCGCAUAUACGAGGACGAAUCAAAACUCCUUUGCAAGAUUGUUGAAGAUGUUUUGAAAAAGUUAGAACAUAAAUACCCAAGAAGAGAAUCAAAAUGUAUUUUUGGGAUCAAGGAAAAUGUUGCACCUAUUGAAUCUUUAUUAAAAGAAUUUCAAAUCAUUGGAAUUUGGGGCAUGGGCGGCAUGGGUAAAACAACCAUUGCCAAAUGGUUGUUUGACAAAUACUCUCCUCAGUACGAAGGAUCAUGUUUUCUGGCAAAUAUAAGGGAAAAUUUUAGAAAUGAUAAAAAAGCACUACGCGAUGAGCUUAUUUCCAUGCUUUUAGACGAUCAUGAGAAAACAAACAACUUGGAAUCCUAUGUAGUUUGGAGGAGGCUCUAUUGUAAAAGAAUUUUCAUUGUGCUUGAUGAUGUAAGUGCUUCAAAACAAUUGGAAUAUCUAGCAGGUAAACUUCAAUGUUUUGGGUCAAAUAGUAGAAUCAUUAUUACAACUAGAGACAAGCAUGUGCUACUAUGCAAAGGCGUUGAUAAAAUACAUAAUGUUAAGCCAUUGAAAUUGGAAGAAUCCCUUCAGCUUUUUAGCUUGAAUGCCUUCAACCAAAACCAUCCCGUAAUGGGAUAUGGAGAGUUAUCAAAUAGAGUAGUUGAUUAUGCCCAAGGGAUUCCAUUAGUUUUAAAGGUUUUAGGCUCUUUUCUUUGUUCAAAAAGUGAAAAAGAAUGGGAAUGUGCUUUGGAAAAAUUACAAAGGAUUCCCAAUGAAGAAAUUCACAGCUUGUUAAAGUUAAGUUAUGAUGGACUAAAUCAUGAAGAGAGGGAAAUAUUUCUGGACAUUGCUUGUUUUCUGAAGGGACAGCGUAAAGAUCAUGUCAUAAGUCUAUUAGACAGCUAUGACUUCUACGCAGAAAUUGGAAUAAGAAGCCUUCAAGAUAAAGCUCUCAUAACUAUAGAGCAUGAUGCAAUACAAAUGCAUGAUUUGAUACAAGAAAUGGGUUGGGAAAUUGUUCGUCAAGAAUCUAUCAAAGAACCUGGUGGACGUAGCCGAUUGUGGGAUCCUAAGGAAGUUUAUGAUGUACUGAAAAAUAAAAGGGGGACUGAUAAAGUUGAAGGGAUACUUUUAAAUAUGUCUGAAAUUAGAGAUCUACAGUUGAAUGUUGAUACAUUUAAAAAGAUGAGUAAACUACGAUUUGUGAAAUUUUGUUCGUCUUAUGGAUAUUCUAGUUUGCACCUUCCCAGUAUGGAUGUCGAAUUGUUUGCUGAUGGAUUGAAGUACGUUCAAUGGGAUGGAUUCCGUUCAAAAUCUUUGUCAUUAAUGUUUUGUCCAGAGAAACUUGUUGAGCUUUCAAUGCGAGGUAGCCACCUUGAGAAACUUUGGGAUGGAGUCCAGAAUUUGGGUAAUUUAAAGAGAAUAAUCCUUAGUGGAUCCAAAAGCUUGGUGGAACUCCCAGAUCUCUCUCUGUCCUUGAAUCUUGAAGAAGUAGAUCUCUUUCGUUGUGUAAGCUUGCGUAAUGUUCAUCCAUCUAUUUUAUCUCUCCAUUCGCUUGUUUCUUUGAAUCUAUAUGGGUGCAAAAAAUUGAAGAGUCUCGAAAGUGAGAGUCAUUUACAAUCUCUUAAAUUUCUUAAACUUGAUGGUUGCUCAAGCCUCAAGAAAUUUUCUGUGUCAUCAGAAGAAAUGAGAAGAUUGCAACUCCAGGGAACAAGGGUUAAAAUGUUAUCCUCAUCUAUUGGGCGUUUCCGCAAACUUGAAUGCCUCAUACUUGAAGGCUUGAGAGUUAAGAAUCUUCCAAGGGAGUUAUCUUGUUUGAGAAAUCUUAAAGAACUUAGAAUUUUGGAUGCUUGCAAGCUAAUGAUUCACAAACAAGAGUUGGAAGUAAUUUUUUGUGGAUUGCAAUCAUUAAGAGCGCUACAUUUGAGGGAUUGUAGUUACUUAUUUGAACUACCUGAUAACAUUAGUGUAUUGUCUUCCCUAUAUGUGUUAAAUUUAUGUGGGAGCAAUAUUGAAUGUUUGCCCACUAGCAUAAAGAAACUUGCAAAUCUGGAACAUCUUAUCUUAAGUAGAUGCAAGAGGCUUGUGUCUCUACCAGAUCUUCCUCAGUCAGUGAGAGAGAUAGUUCUAUCAGGAAGCAAUGUUGAGUGCUUACCUAUAAGCAUCAAGCAACUUGAAAAUUUGGAAGGACUUAACUUACGUGAUUGUAAGAGACUUCAGUCUAUACCAAAGCUUCCAAUAUCCAUUAAGUGGGUACAUCUAAAUGGAACCAAGAUUAUGUGUUGGCCUUUAAGGCUUAACAAACUUGAAUUGACUAAUCUUUCCUUAGGUGAUAUUGAGCAUGUACCUACAAGCUUCAAGCAAUUUACGAAGCUGAAAUAUCUCUCCUUAAUUGAUUGCAAGAGGCUUGUGUCUCUGCCAGAACUUCCACUAUCAAUAAUUGGGCUACAUCUAACUGGAAGCAACAUUGAGUUUUUACCUGCAUGCAUCAACCAACUUACAAACCUGAACAAUAUUCAAUUACGUGAUUGUGAAAGGCUUCAAUCUCUGCCAGAGCUUCCACAAUCAGUUAGAAAUUUAGAUGUUAAUAACUGCACAUCACUGAAGAGAAUAGCUUCAACAGUAUGGAAAGGAAAGAGAGAAUUUCGGUAUGAUUUUAGAAAUUGUGUGAACUUGGAUGCACAUGUAGCGUCCUCUAUUUGGGAAGACACUUAUUUCUCCAUAAAGGAAAGUAAAGACCGUGGACUCUCUAUUUGUUUGCCAGGUGGCAAAGUUCCAGAAUGGUUCGAAGAUAAUAGGAUAGUAGGGGAUUCCAUAACUAUUGAAGCUGAUCGACCUUGGCAAGCAAAGGCUUUUGCUUUUUGCAUAGUACUUUCUCCAUUCUCCUCAAAUGAAGAUGAAUAUAGUUUGUCUGUUGUAAGUUCUCAAGAUAUUGGCAUGCCUUUACCUCUUGGUACUUGUGGGGAUAUAAUUUAUUGGUAUAAAUUUGAAGGUGUUAGAGAAUUAAAUUCUGAUCAUGUUCACUUGUGGUCUACUCUUCCAUUUGCUUCUUUUCCAAAAUCAAAGCUCAAUUGCGAGUUAUCAUUUGAAUUCCUUGUUAGUGGUGGAAGCGGAAAGCCACAUCGUGAUAUCCGAAUCAAAGAGUGUGCAGUGUGCCCAAUAUAUGAAUAA